CCGAACCCCCCAGCCAACCUCGGCUCUCCGUCGGCUCUCCGUCGUUCGAGCUAUACAAUCGGCAGUCCCUCACGACCUCACCCCCGUCACUUUGUCGUCACCCGGUCUCGGCCUCACCUCGUCAGCGGCGGAAAGUGUUCAUCAAAACGGCCUCACUUCUCCGUCACUCUCAGUCUCUGCUCCCUCGGAUAAUUUGGGUGGAAGUGGUGGUCGUCAGAAAGCUCAGAAUGCUUUCAUCUUCUGCCUCAGUGCCUCUGCUCCCUCAGUGCACACAUACAAUGGAUUGCAUGAGAAUCCAAAGCUCCUUGUCUCUUGAGAAGAAUUGGAAAUAUGAUGUGUUUGUGAGUUUUAGAGGGGAGACUCGCUUCAACUUCAUCGAUCAUCUUUAUCUUGCUCUCCACAGACACGGCAUAGUUGCCUUCAGGGAUGAUACUAGGCUCCAGAAAGGAGGACCUAUAUCAGCAGGGCUUCUGGAAGCUAUUGAAAGAUCACAGGUUCUGAUUGUGGUCUUCUCUAUCAACUAUGCUUCCUCCACAUGGUGCUUGCAAGAGCUGGCAAAGAUAGCUGACUGCAUUGAAACACGGGGACAGCGUGUUCUGCCAAUUUUCUAUGAUGUGAGUCCAACUGAGGUCAGAAGGCAACGUGGAAAUUAUGAAGCAGCCUUUAUGAAACAUGAAGAAAGAUUCAAAGAUGAUGCAGAGAUGAUGGAGCAAGUGCGAAGAUGGAGGGUGGCUCUAAUAGAAGUAGCUAAUCUCUCUGGCUGGGAUCUGAAGAACGAUAAGUCACAACUGGCUGUGAUUGAAAAUAUUGUCAAAUUGGUACCAAGCAUAGUGAGUCCCAAACCAUCAUCAAGUCUAUCGGAUGAUAUAGUUGGGAUGCAUUCUCCUCUACAAGAAUUAGAAAAGCUUCUACUUUUGGACUCAGAGGAUGAUGUUCGAGUUGUAGGAAUUUGUGGAAUGGGUGGCAUAGGAAAGUCAACUCUUGCCAAGAUUUUAUAUGAAAAGAUCUCUCAUCAAUAUGAUGCUUCAUGUUUUGUGGAAGAUGUAAGUAGAAUUUACGGAGGUUAUGGUCCACUUGGUGUACAAAAGCAACUUUGUCAAGCUUUCAUGGAAGAAAAUUUUUCGACAUGCAAUCUUUCAGUGGCAAGUAAUGUGAUUCAAACUAGGUUACGCCAUAGAAAGGUUCUGAUAGUUCUUGAUAAUGUUGAUGAGGGGAUUCAAUUGGAGAAGUUGGCUAUAAAACGGGAAAGGCUAGGUAGAGGGAGUAGAAUAAUCAUAGUUUCUAGAGAUGAGCAUAUAUUGAGAGAGUAUGGAGCGGACGACGUUUACAAAGUUCCACUCUUAAAUGAUGAGAAUGCUCUCCAAUUGUUUUGCAGAAAAGCUUUCAAAUGUAAUCAAGUUGCAAAAGAUUAUGAAAGCUUGACAAAUUCUGCAUUAAAAUAUGCUGAUGGACAUCCGUUAGCAAUCAGAGUAUUGGGCUCAUUUUUGUUUGGGCGAAAUGUGUCAGAGUGGAGUAGCGCAUUGAUUAGAUUGAAAGAAAAGCCAACAGAAGAGAUUCUGGAUGUGCUACGAAUCAGUUUUGAUGCACUUGAGGAUAUGGAAAAGGAAAUAUUUCUUGAUAUUGCUUGUUUCUUUUCAAAUGACAGUGAAGAAUACGUGAAAGAUAUUUUACGUAUUAGAGGAUUUCAUCCUGAUAUUGGUAUAAGAAUUCUCAUUGAUAAAUCACUCAUAACUGUUGAUGGAUGGAAAAUAGUUAUGCACGAUCUGUUGAGAGAGUUGGGUAGAAGUAUUGUUCGAGAAAAAUCACCCCACGAACCAAGAAAGUGGAGCAGGUUAUGGAAUCAAAAGGAUCUAAGCAAUGUCUUACUAGAAAACAAGAGUUCCUUUGUGUGUGUCUCGACAAUGGAGGACUCAACCAAGGUGCGGUUGGGGAUGUGCCCCCACUGUUUCACUAUCCUUCGUAUGCAUGCCGAUUAUUCUCUCUUUGAAUGUGGUGAAUGCCAUAUUGUUCUUGGAGCAAAGCAUAAAGGUCUUGUUACCUCGUUGGAGAUUGAAGAUAGUGCCAGAUCAGGAGGUUCCUCAUCAUGGGGGAGAAAAUCAAAGAAAAUAAAGAGGAAGGUGCAGAAACAGGAACAGAGGUCUCAAAUGGGAUAUCAAGAAGAGCACAAAUUCUCUAAGAGAUUGUCUGAUUUGGAAAAGCAAGAGAAAGAUGAGAUGGAGCUUUUAAGAAAGCUCUUGGAUGAUAUAAUAGACAUGAGAUUAUCCAAUUACGAUUAUUCUGAUGAGGGGAAGUCUAAAAGCAGUUCUAGUUUUGUUAGAACCCAUUCAGAUCCAUCCUUUCUCAAAUAUUCACAAGGAUCACGUGAAACAACCUCAAUAUCCUACUCUGACUUUUCAAGUUUUAAGGACACCGUCACUCUUGACUCUUCAAGUGAGAUUGAGGAAACUGAGUCCAAAGGAAGCAGAUUGCCGCUUGCUCCAUUAUUAUCUUCAGAUACAACAGAAGCUUUCUCUGGCAUGCAUAAUCAAGUUGAAGCUGAUAUUAUUCCCAAAACUAAACAGAAAAAGGACACACAAUCUUCAUUUGGUAAAGCUGAUAUUCCAAUCACCCCACAAGCUGAUGAUGACCUUCCUGUCAAGGUAGAAAAUUUGGUGACAGAAGAUUUAGAUGAACUGCGAUCAUCUUUUGAAACUUUAAAGGUUUCAACUGUACCACAAUUGAAGUCCUUAUCAUCCAACCUUCACAGCCUGAAAAUUGAAGGGUGUGAAUCCUUAGAGGCUCUUCCAGAUGACUUACUAGCAGGAACAACUGCCCUUAAAGAGUUGUACCUGAUAAGUUGUUGUUCACUUAAAUCCUUCCCCUACCCUGCUGCUUCCUUGACAACACUUUACAUGAGAAACUGCAGGAGAAUGAGAUUUCUCCCCUCUUCAGAAUCAAGAAAGAAGCUUGCCUCUCUCGAACAUUUGUUCAUAGGGAGCAGCUGUGAUUCCCUCACUACCUUGACCUUAGACUCUUUCUGCAAACUCAAAAUUCUCUGUAUAUGGGAUUGUCACAAUCUUCAAUCAGUUAAUGUUACCAGAGAGUUUAAGGGUGAUCUUGCAUCACUUGAGUCUCUAGAGAUUAGAGAUUGCCCAAGAUUGAGGUUUUUACCAGAUGGAGCAUUGCAUACUCCAAAUUUAGAAUCCAUAUUGAUUUCCAAUUGCAAGAAUCUUAAUGCAUUGCCCAGUGGUAUGAACUUUCUUACAUCCCUCAAGACAUUGUUUUUAAACAGAUGUCCAGCGAUUGAAUCUCUCCCACUUGGGGGUCUGCCUUCAAGUUUGAUUGUACUCUCCAUAGCUUAUUGUGAUAAACUCAUACCUCAAGAGGAUUGGGGUCUGUGUAGUCUUGAAUCUCUCCGUCGAUUUGAGCUUGAAGGUGGAUGCAUGGGCAUGGAGUCAUUUCCGAAUGAGAAGCUUCCAUGCAAUAUCAACUCUCUGCGCAUAAGCACACUAAAUAGUCUCAAGAAGCUGAACCACAAGGGAUUGCAACACCUGAAUGUUCUUCACACACUUGAAAUUCAUGGUUGCGAUAUUCUUCGAUCCUUGCCGGAUCAAGGGCUUCCUUCCUCCCUAAUUAAUCUGUGUGUCCAAGAAUGCCCGUUGUUAACUCCAAGGCUUAUACCAAAAAGAGGGAAGGAAUGGCACAAAGUGGCUCAUAUCCCAAACAUCCAAAUUGAUCACCAAAUAGUCUCUGCAUACUAGAUGAGAAAAUAAAAGACAUUCAUAGGAAAUGUCAUCUAAAACUAGCUAUUUCAUUGCAUCCCCCAAUUACAUUUGUGUAUAUUUAGAGUAAGGAAUAAUGAUAUAUUGGAAUCAAACUGCAUAUUAGAAUGUAGAUAGACGGUUAGAAACCGAGAUGAUAAAUGUUAUUACGAGUCAUAUUAUAGGAAAAUUAUCACGUGUGAAAAUGGAACAUGAAGUUCAUGUGCACGAAAAGUUAUUUAGUAGGGAUUUAUUUUUUAUUGAA